AAGGUCAGGCGAGUAGUUAGAUAUCAGUUAAGACCAACCUUUAUGUUUACCCAUCAUCGGUUACAAUGCCUAUACCAAGAUUGACUAAUAUAUUGCUGAAUGACUUAGAAGUUUCGAAGUAUUUCAAUUGCACAACAGUGCCGUUGUCAUUGAUGGAGAAGAUUUCUGUACACAUUUUUAUGAACGCGAAAGUCUUCCAAUAUCAUAUGGCGGGGAAUAUUUAGCGUAUGCUGUGCGACUGAAGAGAUUUCUCCGUGAAAUCAAACUAUGUGAAAUUCAUCCAUAUUUUGUAUUUGGCUCUGAUUGUGAAAGAGUAGUAAGUUUCCGAGUUCUCAAAAGCUACUACUUUGAUUUGCGUCUUUAAUCAUUGUAUUUUUCAGAAGUCUUCAAGAAAAAAAACAAAUGAAUACCUCUUUUCUCGAACUCAUUAACGUAGACCGUCGCAAAUUGGCAUAUGUUCCAGUUCCAAUUUGCCUACAAAACACAUGCUAGAUCAAAAGUGACUGCAGUAAGAUGUAAGCAAAAGACAGGACGAAGAAUAAAAUAGGUAGAUUAGUAGGGCAACGAAAACUUACAAAAGACGUAGUAAUCGCGUUAUUGGGAUCUGUUUUCUGUCAUAUCGUAGUGUUCAACCACUAUCUUUUGACAUCUCACUACUAAUAACCAAAAUGUCUUCACAUGGUUCGUACCAGUGGUUGAUAAAUUCAUGCAUUAGCAGUUUCUAAACCCAGUCGUUCUGAGAUUUCUAACCUAUUACUAUUAAGACUGUUUUGUGGCAACCUUGGAUAACACGGUCUUAUCAAAAAUAAUCAGCGUGCUUUAUGUCUGCAAAAGAUACAUAGAUGAUACCUUUAUCAUUUGUGACGAGAAUACCAAUUCUGAAAACCUGUCUCAAACCUUCAAUCGUGAUCACCACUUUAUCAAAUUCACUUUAGAAGAAGAGUCGAAUUCAGGAUUCCACUUCCUUGACGUCCAACUUCAAAGGAAAGAUUACGAUUCAAUCAAUUAAUCUAUUUACAGAAAACCCACUUAGAGCAGGCAGUUUAUCAGUUUUCAAUGCUGUGUGACCUUAAGUAGAAAGAGGAGUCUUAUCCAUUCACUCUCCUCAGGAUCAUGAAUGUAUACCGAGGAUACCAUCCAUGAUGAAGCAGAGAAUUCGCAAGAAAUGUUGAUGAAAAAUGGAUACCCACUGGAAUUUGCAGGUGAGAAUCUGAAGCCAAUAAACGCCAUUAAACGCGUGAAUACUACGAAAAAGACUUAACUGUUGAACUUAGAUUUAUUGGCAAGAUUAUUUUUGUAAUCAAUUUGACGAAAGUUGUUCAAAAUUAUCAAUACAUUUCUAGCUGUUUUUCACACAAGUUGCUCUCUGAUCAUCCGUCUUUCAGUGGAAAGUUAGAAGGUCAUCAAAGCAGUCCAUGCAAUAUCGUCCACUUAUGUUUUUAAUUGUACAGUUGUCUUUUUACUGGGUCGUAAGGUGGACCGCUGGUGCUUUAUUGUGUCAGCAAGCAAUGGUAUAUACCUAGUAGUAGGAUUUAUUGAACUAAAGAUUAUUUUCAUAGUUACCUUUGAAACAAAUACUUGAAAUGCCACAAUAAACAAUGAUGAAUUCCUGUAGUAAGUUUUGCUUAAAAGCUGAGAGUAACCGUAGCACUUCGAAACUACCAACUGUCGGGUGACAGAUUCUUGUCCGCUCCACCUACUUGGACCUAGGCAGAUGAACAGUUUGUUAAAUUUGUCUCAUCGCCUUAUGUUAAAACAUGUUAAGGCUUGUUGAGUUGCAGAUAUCAGAUUACAGUUUUAUAUCUCAACCUAUUACUUAGGUUGAAUGCCAUCAAUUUUAUGAGGUUUCAUUUGAGGAAUUAAAGUGCACUUAAUGUGGUGUCAAUAAGGUUUCCGCUGAAAACCACUUAGCCAAGAUGACUAGUUGUGAUCUUCGACACAAAAGUGGCAUGAACUAUCGAAAUACACUAAUACUGAGCAACUUGAGCAGUUAGAAACUAUUUAGGCUAUUCAGGAUUUCGCCAACCAGAUCAGAGUCAUCUAAACACCGGACGGCUGUGUCACUCUUUCGGGGUCGCGCUGAUCAGCGAUCUUGUUAGGGAUGCCUAUAUUUUUUAUAUUCCAUACUUACAGUUCGCCCUCUUUUCCUGCGCAUGGUUCAUAUUUCGUAUGACCUGUUAGCGUUCUGAUUGGCUUGCGCCCCUGUAAAUGUACUAAUAGGUCUACCCAGAAAAAUUUAGCUCACAUAGCCGAAUUGUUCAAAUCACCUGAAUCUGGCUAGGUGACUUGCGUGAGCUCGGUCCCAAAUGAACGAUACGGCCGUACGAUGUUUAAGUCACUUUGAUCUGGUCGGUGAAAUUUACAGUUUAGCCUGAGUAGUUUAUAACAACUUAGGUUGUUCAGUAGUAUAUUUCUUUUUUUGAUAUCCAUUUGAACUUAGAAUUGCUACAUUCAUAAACGGAAGAUGGUUACUUGCGUUUAGUCAUCGUCUGUCUGAUCGCAGAAUUUUAUCUAAAGUAGGUUCAGGCUAGAAAAAGGUUCGGGGCGGCCGAACUAAAACAUGACAUCAGUGCGCAAAAUCUUUGACUGAUGGUCUGAGUUGUGUAUGGGAAUUAAGACUGCCUGACUGGAGUCCGCGUGACACCCAGAACCAGUGGUUAGAGACUUUAGGCGAUUUAGCUCAGAAUCGAUGUCAAUGGCGUAGACGUAUCCACACAUUAUUUUCAUCCUAAUCAUCAUACUGAAUUCAGUAUUUGAUCAUUCCUGGUUCCUUUCUUUUAACUAUUUUCCAACACUUUUGACUGUUUUCUUCUUUAUCUUUCUUCUGAAUGCUUUCUCGCACGAGGUGCUGAUAUUAGGUAUGGUAACUUGAACCGUAAUGCCAAGUUAUUUCGGCUUCAUCUCUGUCUGCAUAUUAGGCCGUUAUGCAGUCUCUUUCGAGAAGUACAAAUGUAGUUGGCUCAGAGUUUGUCAAAUGAUAUAUUGAUUGGAAUAUUGAUUUUGUGUCAAUAACAAGAAUGUCAGUGAUAUGCAGAGAAGAAAUGUGCUUGUCUAAAGGAUCUCAACUGCUUAGUGACCUUCGAAAGAUGCAAUCGUCAGUGAGGUCAUUAUUUUCAAAAGAUACACAAACAAACAAAGGACAUAUGAAAUCUUAUCUUGUAUUUCUUCAAAGUGUCCUGGUGGAUAUUCUGAGGGAUAUGGAUGUUAAUUUUUUGAAGUCCCCGUAUCCUCGUGUACGAAGUUGCAUUUCCUUAGCUGCUAACCUAAGUCAUCCAGUCAUCGCCAGUUCUCCAGAGUACUUCCUCGUCAAUUUUCAUCAAACGCUGUCUCCUACAUCUUAUUUUGUCCCGUUGUCUUUCAUGGAACUAGACAACUUGGAAUUUGACAGAACUUGUACUUCUUGUAAAUCGAUAGACGCUGAACCAGGAUCUGUGUCGAAAUCAUGUCGUUUCCUAACAGCACAUAAAUUUCUUCCCGAAUUAUCUCCUUUAUCCGCAGUUAACCCAGCUUAUCGACCACUAGUCGGUUUACUGCUUGGAACAGAUUCAAUACCUAACAUUAAGCUGCCUAGUUACUUGUAUCGCAUUAUGAACAGCAUGGAUAUAGAUGAGUAUAAAACUCGGCGUUGGUGUACCCUUAUUUCCUGGUUUUCCAAAUUCAGCGCUAAUCCUCAAAUGCCUGUCAAUGAAGUACUCCAGUGUUAUCCACCUAAUGAACGACCGAAAUUGCUAAAAAUGCUUACAGAAUCACUAGCAAUGUAUUUACCUGAUUUAGAUUUAGGUAAAAAUUUGACUAUAUUUCUCAAUCCAAAAGCUUUCGUUUCAACUCAAAAUCAGGUGAAAUCAAAUCGAUUUGUGCAUAACUCUCACGAACCUAAUUCCACAAAAGAAAUCGAAUUAUGGGAAAGACGUUUCAAUGACUUAUUAAAAGAUCAGUCAACGGUUAUUUUAGGCAAUACAGACUUUACGUCGGGUUGGCCAGAAAAUCUGUCACAAUUGUAUUUUAGACAUAAACUUGCACCACUCAUUUUAACUCCAGUUUACUGUCAUGGUGGCAUUGUUAUGCCUUUACCAGUUGAAGAUCCAAAUAUUGAAUGGUCUGUUUAUGGAAUUACCUUACCUCUAAGAUGGAUGCACUAUCGACUACUCUGUGGUCUUGAACAUCAUCUGUCACAAAAGCAAAAACUACUUGGCCUAAAUCCUAAUGUUUUGGAGCAUAUUCGCAUUGGAGAAGUUCUGACAACACUUCGUAUUCAAGUUGAACCUCUAAUUUUCAACUCAAAAAAAGAUACUACAGAUGCAGUAAUUUCCAACCUAGUUGGAUUUUCAUUUUCAUAUUUUAAUCCUGAAUUGAAGUGGACAACAAGUUUAGCUCUCACAUUGGCAUUCUGGUUUCGUGCUACUGUAGAAAAUCCAAUAACUACGCCUGACGUCUUAAGCAAAUCGUCUAUCGUACUAGCUGUGGCAGCGAUUACUGCUGCCAAUUAUUUCAAUGUCGAAGAAUCUGAUGAACUGUCGAUUGAACACUACCGUAUUUUGAAUGUGUUUUUGAAAAAUAAGUCAUCUGCACGAUCUCAUUUUAACCUAUCUUUUGUUCAUCACUUAACAACGAUUCACAUUGUGUAUAUUUACCUACGGUCACUGACAAAUUUAGUUGACCAGCUAUUACCAUCUGAUCGGCGAUCUAACACCCUCAGUUUUCUUCCCACAUGGAUAUCUUUUCCCUCCGGUUGUUUACUUCAUAAUCUUGUAGUUGAUUUGGAACUGCUAGAACCAGAUGACAGGCUCCACUUAGUAACACGCUACUGGCUCCCUCGUCUUUAUCGCAUCCCCAGAUUAAAUACUGAAUUUGCUGCGAAGUUACAAAAGUUGGUUAGAACUUUUGAAAAUAUAGUUCACAUGGCAAGUGAGAUGAUGCGUUUACCGAUUCCAGUCCCAGUUAUUAACUACACAAAAGAGACAACUGUUAUUCCUGCUGUCAGUUCACCAACUAAAAAGAGACUAUCAGGAGAUACACGUUCAGUCAAAAGCAAAACUUACGGUAGUUCAAGAAGUAGACACUCAGAGUACAAACCAACAUCACUUUUUUCUGACAAAAUAAAUUCAUGUACUACACCUUCAACAUCCUUACUCAAAAAACCCCUAAACGAGGUAUCUAAUCGUUUUAACUGUGAUGAUGCAUUGAAAAAUGUCAGGAAAAAGCAAUCUAACAAGUUACCAUAUCAUAUGCGCUCCACAGGCUAUGCAGCACGCCUACGUGCGCGGCUUGAGGAAACAGAAUGAAACACAACUUAUUUUUGUUACUGUAAUAUUUUCCAGUCCACUUUAUCUAUCCGAAGUUUGUCAUGCUUUUCAUUAUCAGAAUAUCCAAACUUUUUAUUUCUAUUUUUACGAGCUUCAGCAUUUCAUUAAAAAGUUCUGGUUUUCUAUCAGCAGUCUCAAGUUUCCCGAUUAUCUCUCAACCAUCUGUUAUGAGGUUUGCACGUUAGAGAUGAGUUUGUCUUUGUUGCGAUGGUAAUCUGUCGCAAAUAUACCAUUUGUUUAG